AUGACGGACCGUCGCACGUCGUCAGCUGUCGGCGGCCUUCCUCCGCCACCGCCUGCACCCCCGUUGCCGCCGCCAAAACAGAAGCCGCGCUCGUACUUUGAGCGUUUCGUCGCCCAGCCCUUGACUGCCUACGGCUCCCGGCCCCCGACCGUCCAGCCUGCCUGUCGCGCCGAUGGCCUCCCGAAUCCGCUAGUCCCAAAGCUUCCCGGCAUCCGCACUGGCUACUCGCAGGAUGCAAGCCACAAGACGGGUCUGGACAUCUCCGCCCUCGACAGCAAUCGUCAACGCACCCAUGCCGUGCUCGCUGGCAAGGAAAUCCUCAAGACCGUUCGCGUACAGGAUGCCAAGAUCGUCGACGAAGUCAAUCUUCGCGCUGCAGUCCUCAAUUACACCGAUGCCCAUGCCCGCCAGCGCGAGGGCUUGGGCAUCCACGAUGUCAAGUGGUCCCACGGCCAGUUCGCCUCGCAUAUUGCCACGGCUGCCGCAAAUGGAAAAGUCAUCCUGUACGACUUGAAUCGUGCCAGCGUCGAGCUGACCAGAUUGCACGAGCAUACACGUCAGGUGCACAAGCUCGCCUUCAACCCCCAUCAGGGCCACUUGCUGCUGUCGGCAAGCCACGACGGCACCGUCCGCAUGUGGGACUUGCGCGACAUGCGUAGAGAUGCCACCACUUGUCGCAGCCGAGACCAGUACCAGGGUAUCAACGGCGGCGUUCGCGACGUCCAAUGGUCUCCUACCGAUGCCGUCGAGUUUGCCUUUGGUACCGAUAACGGCACCAUUCAGCGCUGGGACUUUCGCUACAACAAAGGGCCCAAGCAAAAAAUCACCGCCCACGACCAGCGCAUGUGCACCUCCAUCGACUGGCAUCCCGACGGCAAGCAUCUGCUCAGCGCCGGCGUCGAUCGUACCGUCAAGGUCUGGGACUUUUCCAUCACCAGUCGACGACAAAAGGCCGCCUGGACGCUGCACACGCCCUAUCCCGUCUACAGAGCCAAAUGGAGGCCCCCGUACUGGUCUGACGACACGCAGGAAAACGGUGCGUAUCAGUGCACCCAGCUAGCCACUUCGUAUGAUCGAGAGCACCCCGUCAUCCACAUCUGGGACUUCCGCCGUCCUUUUCUGCCUUUUCGUGAGAUCAACAAGUUUGCCACGGCACCCUCGGAUAUGCUGUGGCACUCGCGUGACACUCUCUGGACGGUGGGCAGAGAGGGAGUCUUUCAACAGCAUGGCAUCCAUCAUGCACCAAAGACUGUCGAUCGACGCAAUUUGCAGGCUUUUGCUGUGUCGCCAAGUGGGGAGGUUGCAGGCGUCGCACAAAAGCGGCCCCGAAGGCGACUUUCUGCAGGCCUAGCCUAUGCCGACGACACGUACAGUGAUGAUCCACGUGACCACAGACGUGACAGCCCGGAGAAAGUAAGGCUGAGAAGUUCGGCAGACGACAGUCUAGAUGACAGCUUCCUUGUCUCGUCGAUGAAAGGCCAUCAGGCCCGCGGCACAACCAGCAGAUCCUCCAAAUCAUUCGGUAGCACGCCGCCGUCUGACACGGCUCCCAAAGUCAUGUUCCUCACCGGCUCCAUGGUCACACACAGUGCUUCCUACAAGCCCGACCAGGUUGGCUUCCGCGGACCACUGCCAGGGGUGGUGCAUGCGCACGUGUUUGCCUAUCUCGCCCAAAAGUACAAAGCCCUAUCACUUCCUGAUCCUCCUGAUCUGGACGCUUUCAUGCAUGUUGACAGAGUCUUUGAGCAGAAUGCACAGUAUGCAGAGAAGGCUGCCAUGCAUAGACUGGCUCAGUCGUGGAGGGUGGUCGGUGCAUCCAUCAGCGUGGCAACAAGACGUCGUGCAGAGCUGCACAGCCGCCAGCACAGGAGGAUGCGCAAAUCCGCUCCACAAGCAGCAGGGGGAGGAGCUAACGGGGAGCAGAAGCCUUCCUCAGACCACGGAAACGCGCAAGACAAGCGUCUCGCGCUUCCGCCAAAUCCUGCCGUGCGUGCCAUUCUCGGAACACUGGAGAAGUCGCGAUCGUCUUCGCCAGUAACAGCGAUGGAAAGCACAUCUAACCUGUCUACCCCUCUCGCCCGCCCACGGACGGACAAAGACAAUAGUAGUAGUAGUAAUAAUAGUACAACACUGGAUGGAUCUCAUAGACACAAUUUGCUCGAUAUCGAUCAAGAACCUAUUGAUCAGCUGCCACCUGCUGUGACGGGACCAUCGCAGCAGUCCCAUGAUGAACAGAAGAGCGUACUGGAUCCAAACAAAAUACCCGUACACUCCAAGUUCAGCGGGCCACAAUGGUAUCAAUCAGCUGAUCUGGCAGAAGAAAGGCGUGCCCUGGUAGGCAGUUAUCGCGCCUCUCCGCGUAUACCGUUGAGUUUUGCUUCGAGAAACGGGCCAGAUGCCCACGUCAGUGGGCCGCCGACACUCGAUCGGCAUGACUCUGGCGAGAGCUUUGCCAUGUUUUCUGCCUCUUCUGAAUCCCAGAGGGGGAAUUCUGUGCCAAGCUCAAGCUCGCUCGCAAGCGGUCAUUCGCACUCUCGCAGCAUCCAGUCUCCCCCGAAUAGCUGGCAGAUUCAGCAGCCUCGUUCAAGUUUUGGCAGGGCUAGACCGCCUAGCUCAGCACGCGAUCAACACUCUGGCUUCGGUCGGAGCUAUCAAGUGUCUCCAACCACGAUACCUGUCGACACCGGCUCAAGCAGAGAGGGACAUGGACAAGGACCUCAACGGACUGCUAGAGAUCAUGAUGAAAGCGGAAAUCUAUUCCCAUUUGGUAGCAGCGAGCGAGCCGUCGAAGACAUGGAGCACCUACGACGCAACAACAAUCAAUUUCUUCGCCAUGACAGCUCAGAGUCUGAAGCAUACGCAAGCACGACUACAUCUUCUUUUGAGUAUAGCACUGAAAUGGACGCGAGCGGCACCAUCAUUGCAGAUGUUCACGAUGGUCACAAGUCACCACAUGGUCUCAAAGAAGCAAGUUCCACCCAACCCUUGGGAGAAUCUGUCGCACAAUGGAUUGAGCCAGUCAAUCACGAUGGGAUCGCCUUGUCAGAUUAUCAAGCCAUGCACAUUGACGCGGAAGAAGGCUCGGCGUACUCUGUGAUUGGAUUGCUGGAGAACCUCAUGGCUUACCAUACGAAAACAGCAGAUGCGCAAUUCUCCUCUUUUCUUCUUCUACUGCUAACCCCGCUUCUGCCCCAGACACAUAGUUUGGUCGAUAUGCCGGGAGUCGAUGUGGCUGAGGUCCUGCAUGCCUUCACCGAGACAUUCAUUUCUCUCGGGCUAACCCCAACUCAAGCCAAGGCAAUCCUCUCCAACCGACUGAGUCAACUCAUCGCAACGGGCAUCAAUCCCUAUCAGGCAGAAUCUAUUCUGAGUACCUACCAUGCGCAACUGCAUACCCUGUCGCUCUUCAACUCGGCUGCCGAACUUCGUCGAUUAGCAUAUCCCACUUACCCAGCAGUUUACGAACAAGCAUUAAAAGAUACCCAGAUUGGUCUGCUCUGUUUAAGUUGCAAAGCACCCAUAAACAAUCCAAAGAACAAAAUGCGCUGCGAGAAUUGCAGGAGAGUGCAAGCGCCAUGUCCCAUCUGCUGGAGCAAAUACCCGGCUUUUGAAGCUCUUACCAGGAAGAAGAAGAAGAGGAAGAAGUCCAGAUCAAGGGUACGCUCUAACACCGACGAAGGAAAUAGUCAGACACACAAACAGUCACCCUUCCUAUCUCACCAAGCUCCCGAUGUCGCCCUCACCUCCACAGACUCGCCGGUCCACCCGUCGAAUUGGUCACCGCCACCGGCCACACUCUGGACAUGGUGCCCCCUCUGUGGACACGGCGGUCACACAAACUGUCUUUCCACAUGGUUCGCCGACUCGAUACUUGCAGAAGGCGCGUGCCCUACCGAAGGCUGCCUGUGCGACUGCGUGUCAGGCCAGCGCCGCGAGUCUAGGCUGGCAGAGCUUGCACGGAAAAAGGAGGAGAAGGAGAGGGCAAAGGUGGUGCGCAAGGGCGAUGAUUGGAAGGUUGGGGAGAGCAGGGCGGUGGAGGCGGUAAGAGGCAAGACGUUCGACUCGCCUAGUGAAGGCGAGGUAUUGGGACUUAGAAACGAUGGGAGGAGGGUACGUGUACAAGUGCCCGGUAGGACUGAUUCGCCCGCAAGUGGUAGUCGUACAGCAUUCGGCACUGAGAAGUCUUCCCAUGGGCCGACACAGGGCUCGACGGGCUCCACGUUUGGCAAGCCGGCCAAGUACUAG